AUGGCAGCUUUGUCCAAAGAAACAUCCUCUAACUUGAAAGGUCCUGCAGCAGCAGCCCGCGCUCGCAAGCGUCGCAUUGCCUUGCGAAAGAAUAAUGUUUCUUUGGAGGAAGUCAUUGAUGGAGGUUCUCGCAAGCGUUCCAAAAUUAACACUAAUGAAACUACAGGUGACUUGGUCGAUUCUGAGACCAAGAAACCCAAACCAUCGAUCACCGGCAUCAAGAAACAAUCUCGUUACGUGCCCGGUGUGCCAAUGACCAAAGAAGAACUCAAGGCCUGGCGCAAGGAAGCUAGGCGCGUUCGCAACCGGGAAUCCGCUGCAGAAUCCCGUCGCCGCAAUCGCGAUCGCAUUGGCGUUUUGGAAUCGGAAGUUGAAAUCCUCAAGUCCAAGUACUCCGCAGCGUUGAAGUACAUUAUGGAUCUCGAAGGAAAUGAUUCUUUCACUCCCCAAGUUUUGAGGCAAGACCUCAUCGAAGCCCGUACCGGUACUUAUCAAGUCCCCAAGAUAGUCCCCUAUGGAGCUCUUACGUUGAAUGCAGUGGAGCAACAUGAAAUGGAAUGCAUUGGUAGUGGUGGUAUUGCUCCGCAUAUAUUGAUCUCUCGACCAACAGCAGCUUGUAUCGCGAACGCAAACCACCACCACCACCAAAAUCCGCAUGCCCAUGCCAUUUCUCCAAUGCCCUCUUCGGACAGCAGCUCUCACGGAGAUAGUGAUUCUGACUUUGGUACUACGAGCCAUCAUGAUGAUUCUAACAACAAUGCCAGCUCAGGAGACUCGGUCAUGGCCGAGUCUGAGCUGGGUGAUUUCCUCAUGGAUACCUUUGAAGGUCUAGACACUUUUGAAGUCAACGGCCUCUUAGCCGCUAGUGUCUGA